GGAGAGCAAGGUAAGCCUGUUACUGUUAAUAAAGAAUCGUUGGAUAAAGAAGAACGUAAGAAAUUUGAUGAUGGUUGGCAGAAGAACGCAUAUAAUCAGUAUAUCAGUGAUAUGAUGUCAUUACACCGAAGUUUACCAGACGUCAGGGAUGAAGAAUGUAAAUCAGAAGAGUACCGCAGUGAACUCCCUGACACGAGCGUGGUAAUUUGUUUUCACAAUGAGGCGUGGACAGUAUUAUUACGAACCGUACACAGUGUUCUCGAUAGAUCCCCGAAACAUUUAAUAAAAGAAAUUAUAUUAGUUGAUGAUUUCUCAGACAUGGAUCAUUUGAAAUCGGCACUAGAAGACUAUAUGGAGAAAUUAGGGAAGGUGAAAAUAGUCCGAGCUAAGAAACGUGAGGGUUUAAUCAGAGCUAGGUUGCUAGGUUUUGCUGCUGCCACAGCUGAUACUGUUACAUUCCUCGAUUCACAUUGUGAAUGCACCAAAGGCUGGCUGGAACCAUUAUUAGACAGAAUUGCCGCCAACAGAUCCAAUGUGGUCUGCCCAGUUAUAGACGUUAUCGAAGACGACUCUUUUAAGUACCAGUAUGGCAGCGCCAAGGCAACCAGUAUAGGUGGUUUUGAUUGGAACAUGCAGUUUUCGUGGCAUGCAAUUCCUGAGUAUGAACGAAAAAGACGAAGCAAGGAUAUUGCUCCUUUAAGGUCACCUACUAUGGCUGGAGGAUUAUUCACUAUUCAUCGAGAAUAUUUUGAACAUUUGGGAACAUACGAUCCUGGCAUGGAUAUUUGGGGUGGGGAAAAUUUAGAAUUGUCUUUUAGGGUAUGGAUGUGUGGAGGAACACUAGAAAUCAUACCAUGUUCACACGUUGGUCAUAUCUUCCGUAAACGUAGUCCGUAUAAAUGGAGGACUGGUGUUAAUGUGGUAAAGAAGAAUUCUGUGAGACUAGCUGAAGUUUGGAUGGAUGAAUAUAAAGAUUAUUAUUAUGAAAGAUUUAAUCAUGAUUUGGGUGAGUUUGGAGAUGUAUCUGCUAGAAAAGAAUUACGUAAAAAUUUGAAAUGUAAAAGUUUUGAUUGGUUUGUAAAAAAUGUCUACCCUGAUUUAUUUGUUCCUGGUGAAUCUAUCUGUUCAGGGGAGAUCCGAAACAAAGCUAAACCAAUGUGUAUAGAUAGUCCCUCAGAUCACCAUAGUUACCAUAAACCAGUUAAUAUGUGGCCAUGCCACGCUCAGGGUGGAAAUCAGUAUUGGAUGAUGAGUAAGAACAAUGAGAUUCGACGAGAUGAUGGCUGUCUGGAUUAUUCUGGCGGGGAAAACGUGAUUAUCUACCCUUGUCAUGGGCAGAGGGGAAAUCAAGAAUGGCAGUAUCGAGAGGAUAACACAGUAUUCCAUGUAAAUACACAGAAAUGUGCUGAAGUUUCCGUGGACGGGAAAAAAUUAAUGGUACGUCCGUGUACAGGUGUGGACAGACAAAUCUGGAAAUGGAAGCGAAAAGCCCAGAAAAGUUAA